GCAUUUGGAGAGUGAAUUAGGCAGUUGCAUCCUCCCUCUAGGGUUUCACCAAUUCGUCUUCGUUGCUGCAUUCCCUCAAACAAAACAAUCAUGGUUCUCCAAAACGACAUCGAUCUGCUGAAUCCUCCCGCUGAGCUCGAGAAGAGAAAGCACAAGCUCAAGCGUCUCGUUCAAUCUCCCAACUCCUUCUUCAUGGACGUCAAGUGCCAGGGAUGCUUCAACAUAACCACUGUGUUCAGUCACUCUCAAACAGUUGUAGUGUGUGGUAACUGUCAGACGGUUCUGUGCCAGCCCACCGGUGGUAAAGCUAGGCUUACGGAGGGUUGCUCUUUCAGGAAAAAGUGAGAGGAUGAGAGAUUUCACACAAAAGUUUGUCUUCUUUUUCACAAAUGUUGAUGUGAGAUAUCAAGAUAUUUUAUUCAGUUUGGUUUUCUCUUCUUAGUUGUUUUUAUUGAACUUGUGUUUUGCUUAUGAGAAGAUUGUUAAGGUAUCAUCAAACUACUAGUUGAGUUCUUCAUCCUCCGAGUUUAAUCAAUCUUGAGUUGUUAAAUUUGAA